AUGGUAUUGUGGGGUUUGGUUGAAGAGGUUCCGGCGCCGAAGUCCAUGGCGACGAGUCCCACGAGAUCAAACCCUCUUCACAAUUUCACGUUCCCUUCCCCUUUCUUGAAGUGGGGAACCCAGAGGAGCAUCAUUUUCACUAGCGCUGACGAUGCCGGAGUUUCUGGCAGCGGUGAUCAGCGUUUUGCCGGGUCAAAGACUGAGGAAUCAAUGGCGACGCAGAAGAAGGAAUCGGAGCCUGAGAAGAAGCAUGCGGUGAAUGCGAGGCGUUCGAAAUGGCGACGCUCCGGCGAGGAUGAGGAUGGCGUCGCCGCAGUGAGGCAGAAGCUGACGCUUGAUCUGAAGAAUCAGGCACAUAGGUUGAAAGAAGUGAUUUUGGGGAAUGAAGAAGAACCUGUGAAGCCGUGGAAUAUGAGAAAGUGUAAGGCUUCAAUUGCUGCAAUUGUUAGUAUGGAAGGGUUAAAGAUUCAUGAUCAUGAUGAUGUUGAUAAGAACAAACCCAAUUGCUCCUCGCCAGCGAUGACUGACAAUGGCGUCAUUGAGUUACCGAAAUUGAGAAGUAAUUCUGAAAAGGUGAAAAUGGUGAAAUUUCAUGUGGAGUUAUCCAAGAAGGAGAUUGAGGAUGAUUUCGUGGAGAUGUUGGGUCGUCGCCCACCUCGCAGGCCCAACAAGAGGCCCAAAGUUGUGCAGAAGAAAUUAGAUGAUAUUUUCCCCGGGUUGUGGUUGACAGAGAUUACUGCUGAUCGUUAUAAGAUUGUUGAGAAGGUGCGUCCUUCCAAAAAAGGGAAGGGCAGUCCCUCUAAGAAAAGGAAAGGCAGUCCCUCUAAGAAAAGGAAGGGCAAGGGCAGUCCCUCUAAGAAAAGGAAGGGCAAGGAUAAGUGA